CACUCUAUCAGCCUCCCUCUCUUUCUGUCUGGCUCUCUCCGGCAUUUAACCUUCUACAAACCAAGUCCUAGAAACUUUUAUUUACUUUAUUGGUUACAAAUAGGAAAGACAGAAAGAGAAGAGAACUUUGAAAUUAACAAGAACAAUAAAGAACCCUCUCUGGAUUCCAUUGCCCUUUUAUCGUCUCCUCUGAAGAAGGUUUUGUGUAUUUUUAGACCUGGUGUGAUCCAGCUUAACACAAUUCCUGUGCCCUUUUUUUUUUUUUUUUUUUUUUUUUUUCUUCUUUUGGAUUUGAGCUUUGCCUCCAUCAUCUUCAAUCAUUUUGGGCCAAAAAGCAUUUACCACUGGAGUUACACACUUGUUUCUAUGGUAACACAGCAUUUCUGAAGGUUGUCGCAACACCCAGCAAACUUUAAAGUCCAAGUUUCCUUUCACCAAUGAGCAGCCAGACCAAAGAAAGGGAGGAAGCGGCUCCGUCUCGUUCCGCCUCCAGGACGUUUCUGGACGAUGUGGUUUUAACCUUUACUUCACCGAUGGCGUGGCUGCUGGUUGUGGCUCUGAUCAUCACGUGGUCGGGCGUGGCCAUUGUUCUCUUCGAUCUGCUCGACUAUAAGACUCUGGCAGACUAUACAUCAUACUGUGACGACCCCGUGUGUUUAUCUCCUGGUCUCCCUCCUCCUCCUGCCAUCGCUAAGAGGGGUUUGAAGACUCGAGGUGGAGUUCGUCCCAUAAAGUCUGCUGCUGCUGCUGCUGUGGUCUCAGCUCCAGAGAGCACCGACUGGUUGGACAUGAUCUGGACAUUCGCAGCCAGUUUGGUAGCUCCCGAUGAGGAGGAGGAAGGUAUUCACCAGCUAACUGAACCCUUCACAUUGUUCCACUCUGAGGAACUCUGAGGAAGAAGAAGGAGAAGAAGAAAACAAAGAUGAAGAGGAGGGUGAGGAGGAGACAAGUACGGGCAAGUACGAGCAGCUGGAAGGAAUAAAGAAAGAGAAGGUGAAAAGAGAGAAAGUGUCUAAAGAGAAGCUGGAAAAAGAAAUCCGAGGCGGAGGAUGUACAGUGUAUCAUGGCGAUGUUUCUUUCUUUCUGUUGUAAACUGGAAUUUGAUGAAU